CGUCAUUAGUCGCUGUUCUGGUCUUGGUAACCGUUGGUCUUUGUGUCCAUGCCAGCCGCCAUGUUGGUAGUGCCCGCGGCCUUGUGCAUCUUCUUCGCAGCUGCUUUCGCCGAAGAGUGCAGCAAAAUUGAAGUCGAUGAUGCAACAAUGAAAGAAGCUGGAGAAGUAGCCACGAAACUGAUGAAAGAAUGCGUCCACCUCCUCGACAAGUACCCUGCGCCCCUCAGCACAAUCGCUGACGGAAUGAAGAUGCUGUGCGACGACUACGCUGACUGCCAUGACAAGCACGAGUCUCUGACAUCGAAGCCAGACGAAUACAGAAAGGAGCUCAUCAAGUGUGUCCAGCCACAUUUCCUGAAGUUCUACAAAUCGAGACCCGAGCUGAAGCACGACCCCGAGCAGGUUGGAAAGGAAGUCAGCGAGUGCGUUAUGGAUCACAUCCCUCUUUCAAAGAACAUGGGAAUGGCUGUCGGCAAAUGGAUCCUGAAGAUUUUGGGGCACCAGGAAUAGUUUGCAUUCAGCACUGCAGUCUGCAGGCACUAAAUAAAAGUUUUGGCAAGACAA